GCGGCCUGUGCCUCACUGUGACGUAAUUUCCUCUCCAACAUGGCGCAGGAGGCAGGUCGUUGAUGGCCAUCGGACGGGAUUGAAGCCCACCUUUGUGUGCGUGCGCGUGUGUGUGUGUCUUCUCUUUUCUUUCCUUUCCUUUUUGUUUUGUUUUGGCUGCGGUUGAGGCUCAACGUUGCGACGAGUGGAAGCCUUCGUUUUGUGGGCAAGAGCCCCCACCACCACCACCACCACCAUCACCUCUCUUCUUCAGAGACACACAUACCGCACCCUGAAUUCCGGUGCGUCAUGUUUGAGGGCAAAAAGACGAAAAACAUGUUCCUCACAAGAGCUUUGGAGAAGAUUUUAGCCGACAAGGAGGUAAAGAAAGCCCACCAUUCUCAGCUACGCAAAGCCUGCGAAGUGGCACUCGAGGAAAUCAAAGAGGAGUCGGAAAAAUUAAGCCCGCCCAGCGGAGAUGGAAAAUCGAGUUCGAGCACAUUACCGCCAAUCAAAUCAAAGACCAACUUCAUCGAAGCUGACAAGUACUUCUUGCCGUUCGAGCUGGCAUGUCAGUCCAAAUGUCCCCGCAUCGUCAUCACCUCACUCGACUGUUUACAGAAGCUGAUAGCGUACGGCCACCUGACGGGCAGCGCACCAGACAGCACGGCCCCGGGCAAGAAGCUCAUCGACCGCAUUAUCGAAACCAUCUGCGCCUGCUUCCAGGGCCCGCAGACGGACGAGGGAGUGCAGCUGCAGAUCAUCAAGGCCCUGCUGACGGCCGUGACGUCGCAGCACAUCGAGAUCCACGAGGGCACGGUGCUGCAGGCGGUGCGCACCUGCUACAACAUCUACCUGGCCAGCAAGAACCUCAUCAACCAGACCACCGCCAAGGCCACGCUGACGCAGAUGCUCAACGUCAUCUUUGCCCGCAUGGAGAACCAAGCACUUACAAAUCACAAGCUAUCUUGGUCUCUGGCCUCCAGAAAGCGUGAUCGCCAGUUGCAGGAGGCAAAGCAGCUGGAACGGGAGCGGCACCGUCAGCCCACAGAACCGGACUCCCCUCAAAUCCACACGCCGCCCAAAGCUCCCACGCGGGAGUCCAACGGGCCGAUCGCCACCCCGACCACGCCGAGCAUCACCGCCCCAUCCACCCCGUCAUCGCCGGGACCCCAGGGCGACGGCGGCGGCGGAAGCCCCUCUUCACCAGGAGAGCCCCGGCCCGCCUUCGAGAGCCCCGAUCCGGAAAACGGUUCCAACUUCUGCGUGGCGGAGAACGAACAGACGGAGGCCGACCAAGCCACAGCAGCGGCACAAAAUGAAACAGGCGAGGAGGACGACGAGGAUGAAGCGGGUCCCAACUAUGAAGAGAAAGCUCAAGAGAUCGUGCAGAGCAUCCUGCAGGAGGUGGUCAACACCGUGGCAGGAGGUAACUGCUUGGACCCGGCCCACCUCUGCACAGACACCAAAGAGCCGCCGGGGGAGCUGGCCGAGGCGGAGACGGAGCGAGCCGAAGCGGUCCUGCAGGCCACCCAGAACUCGCUGGAGGACGAGGGCACACUGGGGAGCGACAGCGAGCACGUUCACAUCAACGGCAUCCCCGGCACGCCGAUCUCAGCCAGCUUCACGCCGUCGCUGCCCGAUGACAGACUGUCCCUUUCGUCCACCGACACUCAGGAAUCAGGAGCGACGCCAGGUCAUCCGCCAGGCGCCAAGUUCUCACACAUCCUCCAGAAAGACGCCUUCCUUGUCUUUCGCUCGCUCUGCAAGCUGUCCAUGAAACCUCUGUCAGACGGACCGCCUGAUCCCAAGUCUCACGAGCUGCGGUCCAAAGUGCUGUCGCUGCAGCUGCUGCUGUCCAUCCUGCAGAAUGCCGGGCCCAUCUUCAAGACCAACGAGAUGUUCAUCAAUGCCAUCAAGCAGUACCUGUGCGUGGCGCUCUCCAAGAACGGCGUGUCGUCCGUGCCCGAAGUCUUUGAGCUGUCGCUGUCCAUCUUCCUCACGCUCCUGUCGCACUUUAAGACGCACCUCAAGAUGCAAAUCGAGGUUUUCUUCAAGGAGAUUUUCCUCUACAUCCUGGAGACGUCCACAAGCUCCUUCGACCACAAGUGGAUGGUCAUCCAAACCCUCACCAGAAUAUGUGCAGACGCUCAGAGCGUGGUGGACAUUUACGUCAACUACGACUGCGACUUGAACGCCGCCAACAUCUUCGAGCGGCUCGUCAACGACCUCUCCAAAAUAGCGCAGGGACGUGGCGGCCACGAGCUAGGCACGACACCCCCGCAGGAGCUGACCUUAAGAAAGAAAGGCCUCGAAUGCCUGGUGUCCAUUUUGAAAUGUAUGGUGGAGUGGAGCAAGGACCAGUAUGUCAACCCGAACUCCCAGACCAGCCUUGGCCAAGAGAAGCCAUUGGAGCAGGAAAGCAGCGAGACGCGGGCCCCCGAGACCAUCAACCGCUACGGCAGCAUCAACUCGCUGGACUCCACCGCCUCGUCGGGCAUCGGCAGCUACAGCACGCAGAUGUCGGGCACGGACAAUCCGGAGCAGUUUGAGGUCCUCAAGCAGCAGAAGGAGAUCAUCGAGCAGGGCAUCGACCUGUUCAACAAGAAACCAAAGCGGGGCAUCCAGUACCUUCAAGAGCAAGGAAUGCUGGGUACAACCCCAGAGGACCUGGCUCAGUUCCUGCACCAAGAGGAGCGCCUCGAUUCGACUCAAGUGGGGGAGUUUCUCGGCGAGAACGAGCGCUUCAAUAAGGAGGUGAUGUACGCCUACGUGGAUCAAAUGGACUUCCAGGGCAAAGACUUUGUGUCGGCGCUGAGGAUGUUCCUCGAGGGCUUCCGGCUACCCGGCGAGGCCCAGAAGAUCGACCGGCUGAUGGAGAAGUUUGCCGCCAGAUACCUGGAGUGCAAUCAGGGGCAAACCCUCUUUGCCAGCGCAGACACCGCCUACGUGCUCGCCUACUCCAUCAUUAUGUUGACAACGGAUCUUCACAGCCCGCAAGUGAAGAACAAAAUGAGCAAGGAGCAAUACAUCAAGAUGAAUCGCGGCAUCAACGACAGCAAGGACCUGCCCGAGGAGUACCUGUCGGCCAUCUACGACGAGAUUGCGGGCAAGAAGAUCGCCAUGAAGGAGACUAAGGAGCUUACCAUGAAGUCCAGCAAACAGAGCGUGGCCAGCGAGAAGCAGCGCCGUCUGCUGUACAACGUGGAAAUGGAGCAGAUGGCCAAGACGGCCAAAGCUCUGAUGGAGGCCGUCAGCCACGUGCAGGCGCCCUUCACCAGCGCCACCCACCUGGAGCACGUGCGGCCCAUGUUCAAGCUGGCGUGGACGCCCUUCCUGGCCGCCUUCAGCGUGGGCCUGCAGGACUGCGACGACACCGAGGUGGCAUCGCUGUGUCUGGAAGGGAUCCGCUGCGCCAUCAGGAUAGCGUGCAUCUUCUCCAUACAGCUGGAGAGGGACGCCUAUGUGCAAGCACUGGCCAGGUUCACGCUGCUCACGGCCAGCUCGGGCAUCGCCGAAAUGAAGCAGAAAAACAUCGACACCAUCAAGACGCUCAUCACCGUGGCGCACACCGACGGCAACUACCUCGGCAACUCCUGGCACGAGAUCAUGAAGUGCAUCAGUCAGCUGGAGCUGGCGCAGCUCAUCGGCACGGGCGUGAAGGCGCGCUACAUCUCCGGGACGGUGCGCGGCAAGGAUGGCUUCAUGGCCAGCACCAGAGAGUCCAACAACGAUGAGUACCUGGGCCUGGUUGGCGGCACGGUAGACCGUAAGCAGAUUGCCAGCAUCCAGGAGUCCAUCGGGGAGACCAGCUCUCAGAGUGUGGUGGUCGCUGUGGACAGGAUAUUCACAGGUUCGACCAGACUUGACGGCAAUGCGAUAGUGGAUUUUGUGCGCUGGCUCUGCGCCGUGUCCAUGGAUGAGCUGGCCUCGCCCAUGCAUCCGCGCAUGUUCAGCCUGCAGAAGAUCGUGGAGAUCUCCUACUACAACAUGGGCCGCAUCCGGCUGCAGUGGUCCAGGAUCUGGGAGGUCAUCGGGGACCACUUCAACAAGGUGGGCUGCAACUCCAAUGAAGACGUGGCCAUUUUUGCCGUGGACUCGCUCCGGCAGCUGUCCAUGAAGUUCCUGGAGAAGGGCGAGCUGGCCAACUUCCGCUUCCAGAAGGAUUUCCUGCGGCCGUUUGAGCACAUCAUGAAGAAAAACAGAUCUCCGACCAUCAGGGACAUGGUGGUGCGCUGCAUCGCGCAGAUGGUCAACUCCCAGGCCGCCAACAUCCGCUCGGGCUGGAAGAACAUCUUCUCCGUCUUCCACCUGGCGGCGUCCGACCAGGACGAGAGCAUCGUGGAGCUGGCCUUUCAGACCACGGGGCACAUCGUCACGAAUGUAUUCGAGAAGCACUUUGCGGCCACCAUCGACUCCUUCCAGGACGCCGUCAAGUGCCUGUCGGAGUUCGCCUGCAACGCCGCCUUUCCCGACACCAGUAUGGAAGCCAUCCGCCUCAUCCGACACUGCGCCAAAUACGUCUCGGGGAGGCCGCAGGCCUUCAAAGACUACACCAGCGAUGACAUGAAUGUAGCACCGGAGGACCGUGUGUGGGUACGAGGCUGGUUCCCCAUCCUCUUCGAGUUGUCCUGCAUCAUCAACAGGUGCAAGUUGGAUGUGCGAACCAGAGGGUUGACUGUCAUGUUUGAGGUGAUGAAGACGUACGGGCACACUUUCGAGAAGCACUGGUGGCAGGACCUGUUCAGAAUCGUCUUCCGGAUCUUCGACAACAUGAAGCUGCCCGAGCAGCAGACUGAGAAAGCAGAGUGGAUGACCACCACCUGCAACCACGCACUCUACGCCAUCUGUGACGUGUUCACGCAGUACUUUGAGUCCCUCAGUGACGUGCUGCUGGAUGACAUUUUAGCUCAGCUCUACUGGUGUGUGCAGCAAGACAACGAACAGCUGGCCCGCUCGGGCACCAACUGCCUGGAGAACGUGGUCAUCUUAAACGGCGAGAAGUUCAACGCCGAGACGUGGGACAAGACAUGCAAUUGCAUGCUGGACAUUUUCAAAACGACCAUCCCGCAUGCGCUGUUAACAUGGAGACCGGCAGAAGACGAACACUUUGACAAGCAGCCGGAUUCCAUUUCCCAGAAGUCCUUGGACGACCAGCGGUCCGUCAGCGGCAUGGAGAGCCGUCGUCAGAGCCAGCAGAGCGGCGUGACCUCCGGCACCAAUGAGGACGCCGGCAAGGCCAGGAGCUCCACGAGGACGCAGGAGCAGCGCUUGUUCACCGCCUUGCUCAUCAAGUGCGUGGUGCAGCUGGAGCUCAUCCAGACCAUUGACAACAUUGUCUUCUUCCCCGCCACCAGCAAGAAGGAAGAUGCCGAGAACUUUGCCGCGGCGCAGCGCGAUGCGGCCAACGUGUCGGACGGGGCCGCAGAGACGCCGGACCAGGGCAUGUUCCGCUACCUGACGUCGCAGCAGCUCUUCAAGUUGCUGGACUGCCUGAUGGCGUCGCACCGCUUCGCCAAGUCCUUCAACUCCAACAACGAGCAAAGGACGCUACUGUGGAAAGCCGGGUUUAAAGGCAAGUCCAAGCCCAAUCUGUUGAAGCAGGAGACGGGCAGCCUGGCCUGCGGCCUGCGAAUCCUCUUCCGCAUGUACACGGACGAGACGCGGCGGGACGCCUGGGAGGAGGUCCAGAGACGACUGUUAGACGUGUGCGGCGAGGCAGUGGCCUACUUCCUGGCGUUGACCUCGGAGAGCCACAGGGAGGCCUGGACCAACCUCCUUCUCCUCUUCCUCACCAAGGUUCUGAAGAUCAGCGACGAACGGUUCAAGGCUCACGCGUCGCGGUACUAUCCGCUGCUGUGCGAGAUCAUGCAGUUGGACCUCAUUCCGGAGCUGCGUGCCGUCCUGAGGAAAUUCUACCUGCGGAUCGGUCAGGUGUUUGGCAUCGCGCCCGAGCCGCAACCGCGACUCACCAUUCGGGAGCAGCUGAAAGAGGAGGAAGAAGCUCAGUGACGCCGCCUGCCUGCAGCCCCCAAGCCCUUCGUUCACCUCGGCUAUCGGCACGAAAAAAAAAAACGACUAAAGUAAACAAGUCUGGUUUGUAGCGAUAUCCUCCUCCUCCAUCAUAUCUUUGAGCUGCUCAGACACAAUCUAUUUUAAAAAUUCCCCAAAAAUGUGCUUCUUACUGUAUAUUUAUUGUAACAGAAUGAUUGCAGACAUAUUCAAAAACCAUGAUGAAAUGUGACCUCUCUCUCUUCGCAUACCCUCCACGUGGCUAACGUUCACAUCCAAAUGUACAGAUGUAAUAAUCUGAUAACACUAGAUUUUUUUUAUAUAUAUAUUUUAUUAUUAUUUGUUGCUGCACUUGACCUCCAUUCGGAAUGCACUGGAGACUUGACUUUUUUGCCCUCCGCCCCUAAUUUUAUCUGUAACAUCUCACCAUUAAGUGAAGACUUCAUUAAAUUAUUCCAUUUUAUACGUUGGUAUUGUUUGAUUUUUAACUGGAAGAUGAGAUGCUAGCUGCUUAAAAAAAAACACGACUUAUUAGUCUAUUAUCAUUUUUGACUUGUUUUCACGUGUGUGUGUGUGUACAAAAAAAUCAAAUAAUAUAUUUAAUUUUUUGGUGGGUUUUGGGAGAAAUUAAUAUGUAUAUAGAGAGAGAGGGGUAAAUGAGUGAUGUUGACUGUGCUUUAUGUACAAAUGGGACGCAUUCCUUCUCAUGGAUGUAGAAAACAAAAAUGUAUAUGAUGCAGCAAUGUAAAGUUUUCUAUGUUGCAAAAAAAGAUAUGUACAACUUUGUGUACGAUACUGUACAUCUUCUGGCAUUCUAAUCAGGUUCUAGGUCAAUAAAGUUUUUUUGAACGA